UUAACAUGGAGGUCUAUGGAGACUGACUCACUUUUAGAGCCUCAAGAGGCCAAAAGAGGAACUGCAGCUUCUGCUCUGACUUCAGUUUUCAGCUUCAGAGGAGCAGGUGUGGUCAGAGUGGCGGUGCAAGAAGGAGGUGAUGUCGUUUUACCGUGUUCCCGCGGCAACAAGGAGAACGUUGAGAAAACGGUGUUUGACUGGAAGAAAGACGGUCUGGAGGUUUUCUUCUAUGAGGCAGGAAAACAUUACAACAACGGGCGAGAAGGUCAGAGCGAGCAGUUCAAAGGACGCGUUUCUCAUUUUCAGGAUGAACUGAAGCACGGAAACGCCUCCAUAAGAGUCCAGAAAACAAAGAUGGCCGACAGCGGAAACUACACCUGCACUUUCCCAAAGAAACAAACGUCCCACAUCACUCUGUUUGUCGAUCCUGAUCCAGAGCGCUCUGUCUUAACCUCUUGAGGCUCAUAUUGAUUAUGUGUAUUUCUGUCUCUUCAUAGCAGCACAUUUUAAACUGUAUAAUACCAGAAACAUGAGGAAAUGAUACAUGUAAAUUACAUAAUUUAAAAACAAACACUCAUUAGGUUUCAUCAGGUGUUUUGAUCUCACUUCAGACUCUGAAAGAGUUGAAUUUGUAAAAUAUUAAAAAGGAAAAAAUAGAAGUUUUCUUGUUCUUUUACUUUUAUUUCAUAUUUUAAAUACAGUAAGUCAGUCAUAAUAUAAGCCACCAGGCUGAAAUUCACAGGAUCUCUCCCACAGUUUGUCUUUAAUAUCUGUACUUAAUUUUAGUUUGAUUGACAGAAGUGUCUCUGAGAUAUUUUAGAAAGUGCAGUACAGAGCAUCUCCAGCAGAGGACUCCAGAGCUCUCUAAAACUUUAAUAAAGUUACCAAAUGAUGAUAAUAAAUCUCUUUAUGAUUCUGAGAAAAUGUCCCUAAGUGUUAAAUCUGUCUAUAAAAAUAUGUUUCUAAUAUUUAAAUACAGAUUUAUAUAUUUAUAAUAAUUGAAUCAGGCCUCCAUAAACAUAUAAAUAAAGUUUCUCUGUUCUGUGGGUGUCCCACUACCACAGUAAAUCCAGCUGCAUUAACUUCCAUAUAUGGUCAGGCAGGUGAUUUAAUUGGCUACCAACUCACCGUGUUUUCACGGUGCUGACUCACCAUUGGUUGAUAGCAGCUGUCAAUAACAAACACGUGGAGCUCAUGCAGAGAUGCUCUCUUCUGAUUGGUUGAUUGAAUUAAAAGUCCAGUAGUGACGUCACUUUAUGUCGCAGAAAGAUGCGGAUUGGUUCAUUAGGUUCCGGGGCGUUUCCUGAUGUCAGAGAUACUGAACCUGAUUGGUCAAAUCUUUUGUCAAAACUUUAAACUAACUGAAAAUAAUUUGAUUUGGAAGUUUGACGAGCGGCGCUGAAACUAAACGAGGGACACAAUUUACUUUUAUUCACGUUAUUUUUAACUUCCGCUGAACUUCAACGAGGUAAAUCUAAUCGGUGGACUUUUGUUGUUUAAAACGAGCCGCUGUUUGUCUAUAAAUGUCUGUUUUUCCACCUAUAAAUACAUUUUAACUGCGGCUAGACAGGAUAGCAGCUAAGAUGCUAACUGUUUACUGCCGUAAAGUAAAAAUCGACGGUUUUUAUGUCGUAAAUCCUAAAGUUAGAUUGUUAAA